CCCAGACAGUUAGAAUCCGCAACACGGCAGACAUACAGCCAGGCUUCUCCGUACCUCCCGCAACGUUCGCGCAUAGGCCACUGAUAAGGAAACUGCCGGCUUACAGUUCUCCGCGAUCAGAGAUCGCUUUCUUCCAUUACCGCCUUUGGAGAUGACGGCAGACAUGCUGUAUGAUUCCGAAAGAGGAGGGGAAGAGGCUUUGACGAUCAUCCAUCAGUCGAUAAUGCCGCGAUAAGGGAGUGCGAGCUGAGACUUAGAAUAGACUGCCGGCCGCAACGAACGCCCUAAACCUUGGGGCAUGAAGGUCGUUGAGUGGAAAAUAUAGAUCGUCGAGGGCCUUCGAAGUCCUCCCAUGAUAACUCUAACUCUUCUGCUCCACAUUCCACACCGGUAAAACCCGGCCUAAAGUCCUUCACGCCUCUUUUCAAAUACCGAAGAGCCUCUCCUCAACCCAUCGACCCCCUUCAGCGUCCACAAUGGUAUCCGGCCACCUAGGCAACGUAACCAAAGCCCCCGAGUACGAGACAAUCGCACUCCACGGCGCUCAAGAGCCGGACCCCAUCAACGGCUCCCGCGCCCUGCCCUUGUACCAAACAUGCUCCUACAACUUCACCGAUGCCGCAGAUGGCGCUUCGAAGUUCGCGUGGUCGAAGGAGGGAUAUGUCUACACGCGCAUGGGCAAUCCCACGAAUGCAGUCUUUGAGCAGCGCAUGGCGAUGCUAGAAGGUGGUGUUGGCGCUGUGGCUACAGCAAGCGGGCAUGCUGCACAGUUUAUGGCCAUAACCUCCAUCCUCGAGCCGGGUCACAACUUCGUCUCCACCAUGAACCUCUACGGCGGCACCUUCAACCAAUUCCGCGUCUACUUCAAAAAAUUCAACAUCGCCUGCAAAUUCGUCGAGGGCCAGGACCCCGCCGAUAUCGCCGCCGCAAUCGACGACAACACACGCGCCGUCUACGUCGAAACGAUCGGGAACCCGCAGUUCAACGUGCCGGAUCUCGCUGCUAUUGCGAAAGUCUGCCAUGACGCGGGCAUCCCGCUGAUCGUGGACAAUACCUUUGGCAUGGGCGGCUAUUUGUGUAAGCCGAUUACGAUGGGCGCGGAUAUCGUGACGCAUUCGUGUACGAAGUGGAUCGGGGGUCAUGGGACGUCAAUGGGCGGUAUUGUCAUCGAUGGCGGGCAUUUCGACUGGUCUGCUUCCGGGAAGUUCCCCUGCAUGACCGAGCCAGCGGACGGCUACCACGGGAUGAAGUUCUGGGAGACGUACGGCUACAAGGCGCUCUCGGCGAAGGUCCGCAUGGACGCUAUGCGCGACCUAGGUGCCUGCAUGUCGCCCUUCAACGCCUGGUUAUUCCUCCAGGGCCUUGAAACAAUUGCUCUCCGCGGCGAGCGCCACGUCUACAACACGCUGACCUUCGCGCGCUGGCUGGAAAAGCAUCCCCGUGUUUCAUGGGUCAACUACCCUGGUCUAGAAUCACACCCGGACUACGCACUCGCGCAGCGCGUUCUACCCAAAGGGCAGGGCGGCGUUCUAACUUUCGGCGUGGCCGGCAACAUCCGCGAAGUCGCCGCCGUCGUCGACAAUCUGAAGCUCUGCAGCCACCUCGCCAAUGUCGGCGACGCGAAAACGCUCAUCAUCCACCCCUGGCGCACCACACAUCAGCAAAUCCCGGACGAAGAGAAGAUCAAGGGCGGCGUAACGCCCGAUAUGAUUCGAAUCAGUCUAGGGCUCGAGCACAUCAACGAUAUUAUUCAUGACUUCGAGCAGGCGUUUGAAGGGGCGGCGUUGAAGAGUGCAGAGGGCUGGACGCCGACGUGGAAGAAGGAUAUGGCGGGGAGCGAGUGGAAUGAUGGGACGCUAUAUGCGCCUGCACCGGGUCAGCAGCCGGAGGGGCCGGCGAAGGAGAUGGCGACGAGGGAGAUGGCUGUGAGUGCUUGAGCGAGCCACAGUAGUCCAUAGAGUAUGCCUUCGGGUAGUUAUUGUUCGCUCUCGUGGAAUCUGGAGGUUGAAGGAACUCGUGGGGAAGGUACCGUCCGACCGUGAUGAGAUAUGGCAGUAAGGGACUUCGGGACGCCGCAUGCGGAGAUCAAAGUACCGCGAUAUGAAAGUGUAUAAGGCUGGUCCCAUUCGGAUCCCAGGCGUUCAGGUUUCGCCAU